AUGGGCUCCCCCUCCUCGACCUCGACCUCGCUCGCAGGAAGCUGCAGUUCGCUGCCGACCCUCCACGAAUCGACGACGCUCCCUCCUCGAGAACGGAUGGACGUCGUCGCUUAUUACGCCGAGCUGUUGGCGAGCGAUGAUGUGAGCGCACACUUUGGCGAUCAUCACCGGGCGCGCCCAAGAUCUCGCGAAAAGCUGACUCGCUUCCCCCUAUCCUGCCCCCCCCCCCCCUCCCCUAUCCUGGCCCCCCUAUCCUGGCCCCCCAGUCCCUAAGCAUGCCCAUAGCAGCGAUCGAAACCCUAGCCCAACUCAUCUCCCGAUCCGACUCUUCGACGACCACGACCGAGCUCUUCUCCCUCUUGGACCAAGCCUCGACCCGUUUAGCUCGAGCGAGUUUCAACCCCAUCUCCUUGACCUGCGGAACGUCCUUGUUCGUAAGUGCGCAAACCGUUUCACUCGAAUUCCAAUCGCUCCCAUCUCAUCUCAUCACUAAACCCACCUCCUUCCCCCGGGUCCCAGCUGCGCUUCCUCACCCUCCAACGACCCUCCCCCGAUACGUCCUUCCAAGAAUUCAAAGCCGAACUCGUCGCCCGCGCCCGCGAAUUCGUCCACGAAUCGGGGCGGUGUCGUCAGUUGAUUUCGGGCGGUAUGAAUGAGUUUGUUCGAGAUGGCGCGGUGAGUUUGAUUCCGGAAUGAAGAUGAAGAUGGGGGGUAGCCACAUGGGGAGUGGGCUACUGAUUGAUCAUAUCGCGGGGGGGGGGGUUACGGGUCGCGCAGAAUAUUCUCAUUCACAGCUACAGUGUAAGCUUUGAUCGCGCACCAGCUGUACGACUUUUCAAGAGGGAGCCUGUACCCAAUCUCUAAGCGUCUAAUAUCAUUACAGCGAGUCGUCGUCCAAGCCCUGCUCCACGCCGCGCAGCAACAAAAAAAGUGCUUCCAAGUCUACGUCACCGAGUCGAGGCCCGUAGGUCCCGAAUCCCCCCCUUCUUCCAACACUCCCAUCCUCACACCACUAACACCCCCCACCCUUGCUCACCUUGCCCUAAAAAAGUUCGGCCUCGGAUUGAAAACCCAAGCGAUCCUCGAGCGAGCCGGAAUCCCCUGUAUCGUCGUGCUCGAUUCGAGCGUGGCGUACAUCAUGCCCAAGUGCGAUUUGGUCAUCGUGGGCGCCGAGGCGGUGUAAGUGCCCCCCCCCCCCCCCCCCCCCCCCCUUUUGUUUUGCAGUGGUGUGUGGGAAGAGCGUAAAAAAGUUUCAGCAACUGAUGCUUGCUUUUUUUGUUUUGUUUUGGUUGGGGUGGGGUGGGGGUGCGCAGUUGCGAGAGUGGCGGAUUGGUCAAUUUCGUACGUCGUCGGAGGAGCAGAAGGAAGGGGGAAACGCUCGAUGACUCCUAUCCCAUCUUUAUCAACAAAGAUACCUUGCAACUGACUUCAUCCGAAAAAUAUUUCUAGAUCGGGGGCUACCAAGUCGCCGUCGUCGCCAAAGCCAUGGGAAAGCCUCUGUACGGUAAGUCACGUCACACUCAAAGACUCAUCUCAUGUCCCACGAUUCUACCUAUCCAUCAUCGAAACCUUCGCCACGAACGACACUCGGUCCCCUUCGUACAACACACCUACUUCUCCUUCUAAUUUCCUUCCCUCCCUUCCGACGUUCCGGCGGAAACGCCAAGGCUUUCGCCCUCGGAACCGAGAAGAUGAGGUCGUACGACUGGAUUCAAUCCAAGGACUAAAGGUCUUUCUGAACCCUCCCUUCGAAUUCCCGUGAUCGAUCGUCAUCACCACUUUCGAGACGUAGGAAAAAAGGGAGAAGCUCCUUUCCCAUCCAUUCGGACUGGAAAAGUCUGAAGGCGUGUCUCGAACGCUGUCAUCGGAGAAGGAAAGCAUCUUCUGAACGUCCCACGCGCGCGCGCGCGCGGGUCGGAGGGGGGGACCUUCCCGAAUGGGAAAGCUGAGGACCGUGCGCACGUUUGUGUCGGAUUGCUGUCGUCCUCGGUACGGCGGGGGUAAUGAAGAGGGGCGCGAUGAUAGGGGGGGGGCGGCGCUGAUGUAACGGCCCCCGUAUUGGUGAUGGGAUCGUGUGACUGACUCCUGAAAACUCCUUAUCGAUGAUUCCCCUCUCGCGCACCCCCGACUUUCGACCCCUUUUUUCGCUGUUCAAAACCAACCCGAUCCCGACUUCGAAACCCCCACAGCCCUCGCCGAAUCGUUCAAAUUCACUCGGCUAUUGUAAGCCUCCUCGUUCAUUAUAAUUUCGUUCUCCUCCCCAACUCGUCUGACCUUACCCCAUCUUGGCCCCGCGCCCUCUCCCCCACACAGCCCCUUGUCGCAAUACGACCUCCCAACAAGUUUACCGAACCCACCGCUCACGUUCCCCGACCUCACGACCACCUCCCCAUCCAUACCGCACGCACGUGAAUCCACCACCACCACCACAACAACAACAACAGCCUCGGACUCCACAGUCGACCCCUCCCCCUCCUCCCAGAAACGCCGCACCCGCACCUCCGAAGCUACAAGUCGCUCGACCGCGCUCCCUCCGACCCCUUCAAGACCGAUGAUCGACAGCGCAAUGCCCCAAGCCCUAGAAAUGACGGACCAGAUGGUAAGGAACAACCCUACGUUGGAUUAUACGACUCCGGAUUUGGUACGUUCCCUUCCUUUUUUCAACUUUUGAGAUCCCAAGCCGUGUUUUUUUUUGACCUCGAUUUGACGCGCUAUCGGACCUCGACCUUUUAGAUCACGUUGAUCAUCUCGGAUUUGGGCUGCUUGACGCCUUCGGUAAGUUUUGAUCAUUCAUUUCUGUAAGUUCGGAGUCGUAUGGGAUCGAUGAUUGACCGAAUACCCCCCCCCCCCCCCCCCCCCCCUCUUUUUGAUGUUGUAAAAGGGCGUCUCGGACGCUUUAUUGUCGAUCUUUGGAGGGACGUAA